CUGAGUCAGUAGUUCGAUAUCAGAGUGAUAACAGGAAAGAUUGCUUUUGUUAACCAUGGAAGUUAGCUUCAUGUUCUUGCUCUGUAGCACAGCUCUUCUCUUCGGGGCCAACGGCGAUGUUUAUGACGAAGAAAGAGGAAUCUCUAUCUCUACCACUCCUGAUUUGACAAACUGUGACACAAAACUUAAUUUUUGUGAGAAUGUGAGAGAUUAUCCCGAAAUCUUCAUAACAAGACGUGUUGGUUCAACAUUUGCGGACUAUUUCAAAGCACACGUUUUUGGUAGAGGAGCAUUUAUUGAAAGACCAUCAAGACAUGGUGACGAAAACCGGGCUUGUGAGUAUAAGCAACACAUUGCGAGACCGAGAGCAGCAAAAAACGCAGCAGGAGAAUGGCGUUACAUAGUGAACAGUGAACAAAACAAACUGGAGCAGUAUGUGGAAGUUGAAACGUGCAGAUCUGAGGGCGAUUCUUGUGCUAACGUUGAGAAAUUUAUGAUGCCCGGAUAUUCCACUCGCUGCGCACAGUUGUUUGUGAAAAAAGCAAUGGUAGCUGUUGACGAGGCUAGUUUUCGGGCGUAUACUGAUGACUUUGUAUUCCCAUCAGCCUGUGUUUGUUAUGUGAAACCAAUUAGGUGGCUUCGUCAGUAAUAGUACUUAGAACAAAAUUAUAUUAAAUACUUACUUAGAGAAAAGCUUCUA